AUGUUUUGCCUCGUUUCACUACAGGAACUCCUUUCAACUCUUUUUUUAAGUCCUACACCCUCACCACCCCGAAACAAUGGCAUCCGCAUCCACAUCGAAACCCCCCUCCACGGAAAUCCACCGUGUUAUAGACCAAUAAACAACCUAAUAAACAUCCGAGACGACACAGGCGAAUUUCUCGUCCAUCUCAAAAACGGACAAACCAUCCAAGCAAAAUGCUGGAAUGGGUGGGAAUGGACGCACGGGGUUGGUUUAUACGGAAUCUGGAAGAUCUACGAAAUGACCGGCAAAGAAUUAUAUCUCAAGAUAAUCGAGGACUGGUUCGCGGAGCGCUUUAUGGAGGGCGGAACGAGCAAGAAUAUCAACACCAUGGCUCCCUUUCUGACUCUCGCUUAUGUUUAUGAAAGGACGCGGAAUCAGACGUAUCUUCCUUGGCUGGAUGCUUGGGCUGAGUGGGCGAUGUAUGAUUUGCCACGGACGAAUUACGGUGGCAUGCAGCAUAUUACAUAUGUUGAUGAGAAUGAGCAGGAACUUUGGGACGAUACGCUUAUGAUGACUGUUAUGCCGCUUGCUAAGAUUGGGAAAUUAUUGGGUAGAGAUGAUUGGUGUACGAUGGUUAUUCCGGAGAUUUUGGAAUUGUUGGAAUUGGAUGUUAAUGAUCCUGUUCGAUGCCAUCUGUGUGAAACGCUUGAGGCUCAGUAUUCGUACCUUGAAGCUUCGGCUACUGCGGGUUUUGCGUAUGGUAUUUUGAAGGCCGUGCGACGACGUUAUAUUGGGGCGGAAUAUCGGGAUGUUGGGCUUCGGGCUGUUCAGUCUGUUUUGAGAGAUGUUGAUGAACAGGGCGAGCUUCGGAAUACUAGUUACGGCACGCCUAUGGGUCAUGAUUUGCAGUUCUAUAAGGAUAUUCCGAUUACUUCUAUGCCUUAUGGUCAGGCUAUGGCAAUUAUGGCUCUCGCAGAGUAUCUGCGGACCUAUCUGUGA